AUGGUGGACGAAGCAGGCCUCGCACGGCGGCUCUGGAUCAAGUUCAAACACGACUCCGUCUUCGCUCUCUACUCUCCCUUCUUCGUCAGCCUCGCCUCCGCCACUCUCGACUCUCAAACCUUCCGCCAUUUCGUCUCCCAGGACCGCCAUUUCCUCAAGGCCUUUGCUCUUGCGUACAAAAUGGCGGAGGAUUGCGCCGGCGACGACGACGACAAAGUCGGGAUACGCGCUUUGAGGAAGCGCGUGGUCCAGAGGCUUCAAUUGCACGAUAAGCUAAUGCAGGAAUGGGGACUUGAAGUGCCGGAUGAGGGUGUUUCUAAUGAUGCAACAACCAAAUACACAGAUUUCUUGCUUGCAACAGCAUCAGGGAAGGUUGAAGGAGAAAGAGUUCUGGGUAAAAUUGCUACACCAUUUGAAAAGACAAAACUUGCUGCUUAUACGCUUGCUGCUGUUGCUCCUUUUAUAAGACUCUAUGCACAUAUUAGCAAUGAGAUUCAGGGUAUUCUGGAUCCUGAUGAUAAUGGUCACAUCUACAAGAGGUGGAUAGACAGUUUUUCGUCUAAAGAUUUUGAGGCUACAGCUUUAGAAAAUGAAGAGAUGCUAGAUAAGCUUAGCAUUUAUCUGACUGGAGAGGAGCUUGAGAUUUUAGAGAAGCUGUAUCAUCAAGCCAUGAAACUCGAAGUAGAUUUCAUCUUUAAUAGUGGACUGCCAAUUCCUCAGAAAGAUGUAGUCCCUUUGUCUCGGGUGCAUGACUUUACCGACUGCCAUCUUACCAUACUCUGUGACUUUGACUUGGCAUGCACUGCUUUUGAUUCCUCUGCCAUAUUAGCAGAGAUUGCCAUAAGAACUGUACCGAAGACUGAAUCUCAUGGAUCUGAAACCCAACUUGUACGGUUGUCUUCAGCGGACUUGAAGAGCACAUGGGAUAUUCUUUCCACCCAAUAUACAGAAGAGUUUGAACAGUGUGUAGAAACAAUCGUGACCAGUGAGAAAGUGGAAGGAUUUCGUUAUGAAGAUCUAUGCAAAGCCCUUGAACAACUUGCGGAGUUUGAGAGAAAGGCAAAUGAAAGGGUGGUUCAGUCAGGAGUACUAAAGGGUUUAAGUUUGGAGGAUAUAAAACGCGCUGGCCAGGCUCUCAUUCUUCAGGAUGGUUGUAGAAGCUUCUUUCAGAAGACUUUGAAGAAUGAAAACCUGAAAACUGAUGUUCAUGUACUUUCAUACUGCUGGUGUAGUGACCUCAUUGCAUCAGCUUUUUCUUCAGGAGAUCUAAAUGUCUUGACUGUACAUUCGAAUGAAUUGGCUUAUGAGGAAUUGGUUACCACUGGAGAGAUUAUUAAGAAGUUGGAGUCUCCGUUGGAAAAACUUCAAGCUUUCAAUGGCAUCCUAAAGGGUCCCUGCAAGAGUAUAGAAGAAGAGCACAAGAACUUAACAGUUUACAUUGGAGGAUCGGUGGGCGACUUUCUUUGUCUGCUUCAAGCAGAUAUUGGUAUCGUAAUUGGCUCGAGUUCAUCCCUAAGGAGACUAGGUGAUCAUUUUGGAGUUUCUUUUGUCCCAUUGUUCUCUGGCUUGGUGAAGAGACAAAGAAACCUUGCUGCCGAUGAAGAAGGUUUUUCUAAAUGGAAACCACUGUCUGGCACUCUGUACACAGUCUCUAGCUGGGCAGAAAUACACGCAUUCAUUUUAGGUACAUGAGCACCUCUCCCCAUCAUAAUCUUUUUUUGUUAGAACGUACCCAAAGAGAAAUUCGUGGUAGUAGCUAUAGACAGCUGGCGGCCAAGUUUUAAUUUCAGUGCCACUAGCCAUACUCUUUUCGUUUCUCCUUAGUAACUGCCAGAGAAAAACCAAAAAAUCUUAGUAGCAUCAUCGCUUUGAAAGCUGGUGCCGAGAAAGAUCUCACUGGAAAUUUUCUGACAGGAGAGAGAAAGAGAAGAAGAGUAGUAGUAUGAUUUUACAUGUCUAUAAAUUUUGUUUUGUAUAUCCACAGAUUCUCUAUUCUUUCACCCACCUCAUUGCUUCUGCUGAUAUAUUUUCCAGAAGCGUUUUGGGUAUUCUUUUGUGAUAUCGGGAAUCAUCAUACUGUUAUUGAUUCAUCUUUGCUUUCCCUCG